AUGGCAAGAGUAAUUGCUCAAAUUAUAGUUAUCGGAAGUCAAAUAUUAGGGAAGGCUUUCAUAGAGGCAUAUAAACAAGCAGUAGCAAACGCGUCAAGAAAUAGUGGUGCAGCAGUAAAUAAUGGAGGGGGAGGCUCUUCGAGAGUUUUGGAUGCAUUAACAAGAAAAACCGGUAUGACUGUCGACGAAGCAUGUCAGAUAUUAAACGUGAAGAAAGAUAUUAUGAAUACUGAUCAGAUUACUAAGUCAAUUAUGAACAUCACUCUACAUAGAUCUCUAGCAAGCUUGGAUUGUUAUUGUUCAGGAAAUGAAAAACAAAAAUUAGAAACUGCUAAAUUAACACUACCUGGUACCACUAAAAAUAAUAACUGUGUUGUUGAUAUUAUUAAUGGUGACAUCAAUUUAAAUGAACUUAAACAAUGA